CGGCUAAGGACGUAGAAAGGGAGUGCCGCUUUUCCUGUCAAAUGCGAUAAUAGUGUUAUAAAUAUGAAUUUAGAGAUAACAUUGAUGUAUGAGCCGGUGCCGCCGCCCAUUUUGUUUACACAUAGAUCGGCUACGUCUUUUUCACCGACGAUCGGCCUCUCCCUUUCUAUUCAAAACCACGACGGGUCCAAUACAACCCAAAACCACAACAAGAGUCACAAAAAAUCAAACAUGCCAGCCUCAAAGUACGGCGGCAGUCGCUUGUCCAGUCUCGAGCAGGAAGAAUGUCCCCCAGGCUUCUGGAGAAAUUUCAUGAAGGCCUUUCACGAGGCAAACUCCUGCAAACUCCAAGCAGUAAAAGAUAAUCAACUAAAGGGUCUAAUGGCUUUGUCCUCUGGCAAAAAGUCGAUUUCAGUUAUUGUUGCUGCUACAAACGGGCUUGUCCUCGACAACAUUGAGCAGUUGACCAAAGCUGCAAGAAAGAGAGGUAUGGCUCCCAUCUCGGUGUUUGAGAUGUCUUUGAUGAUUAGUGCUAAGCCCUGACCUAGAAUUCGAAGCACGCGCAUAUCUGACCAGAUGCCCACCAGAGGUCCACUUGCUCAUCUUCGAAAACCUCGAUGCCGAAUCCUCAACGUGCCUCGGUCUAUCCUGCAAGAAGUUCUACGAAACCCACCGCUCUAUCCACGGCACGGUUCCACUUUGGACGGGAUGUUGCUUGGCCCCCUAUUACAUGACCCCACCCGUCUCAGGGCUUUGGCACACGCUGAGGAAUUGGUUCCCCGCCCAUCUUCACUACAACUGGGAGACGGGAAAGUACGUGACGGAGAAGAAGUUCAAGAAGAUGAAGAAGGAACGGAGGGAGCAUAGGGAAUGGAGACAGGCGCGCAGGACCAGGGCCAAAUACCAUGGAAGGUAUCGAAGGUGACUUGCGAGACGAG